AUGUCUACAUCUCAUAAGCCAGAAGUGGUGGAAAGGGGUGCUAAGCAUGAUGAAAAGCCAAAUGAAGAGGAUGAGAAGGGUGGAUUUCUUCAUACGGUGAAGGAUUUCAUUUCAGACAUUGGUGAGAAGAUUGAGGAAGCAAUUGGGUUUGGGAAGCCAACUGCAGAUGUUACAGGGAUACACAUUCCGUCAAUCAAUCUAAAGAAAGCAGAGCUUGUUGUUGAUGUUCUCGUAAAGAACCCGAAUCCUGUGCCAAUUCCCCUAAUUGACAUAAACUAUUUGAUUGAGAGUGAUGGAAGGAAACUAGUUUCGGGAUUGAUACCGGAUGCAGGUACAAUUCAUGCACAUGGAGAGCAGACAGUCAAGAUUCCUCUUACUUUGAUUUAUGAUGAUAUAAAGAAAACCUAUGCUGAUAUUAAACCAGGAAGCAUCAUUCCUUACAGGGUAAAGGUUGAUCUCAUUGUUGAUGUUCCUGUAAUUGGAAGGCUCACUCUACCUUUACAGAAAACUGGAGAAAUCCCUAUCCCAUACAAGCCUGAUGUUGAUCUUGAUAAAAUUCAGUUUGAGAGGUUUUCGUUUGAAGAGACAGUUGCUAUUCUUCAUUUGAAGUUGGACAACAAGAAUGACUUUGAUCUGGGACUCAAUACACUUGAUUAUGAGGUCUGGCUUGGUGAUGUUAGCAUUGGAGGAACAGAACUUUCCAAAUCUGCAAAGCUUGUGAAAAGUGGUAUUACAGACAUUACCGUUCCAAUUACCUUCAGGCCAAAGGAUUUCGGCUCUGCACUUUGGGACAUGAUCAGAGGAAGGGGGACAGGCUACAGUAUUAAAGGACAUAUUGAUGUUGACACUCCCUUUGGAGCAAUGAAAUUGCCCAUCUCCAAAGAAGGUGGUACUACCCAGCUCAAGAAGAAGAAGGAAGAUGGUGGAGAUGAUGAUGAUUAG